AUGGUGAGCGGUGCCUCUCCUGAGCAGGACCCCAGCCACUGCUCGGCCGCCAACAGCAGCGCCCCGCUGGCGCAGGGCAGCCUGCCCACCCUGACUUUGUCUGGGAAGAUACGCGUGACCAUGACUUUCCUCCUCUUCCUGCUCUCUGCCACCUUCAACGCUUGCUUCUUGCUGAAACUUCAGAAGUGGACUCAGAAGAAGGAGAAAGGGAGGAAGCUCUCAAGAAUGAAGGUGCUUUUAAAGCACCUGACCUUGGCCAACCUGCUGGAGACGCUGAUCGUCAUGCCCCUCGACGGGCUGUGGAACGUGACCGUGCAGUGGCAUGCCGGGGAGCCCCUCUGCAAGGUCCUCAGCUACCUGAAGCUCUUCUCCAUGUACGCCCCGGCCUUCAUGGUGGUGGUCAUCAGCCUGGACCGCUCGCUGGCCAUCACCCGGCCCCUCGCGCUACAAAACCACGGCAAGCUCGAGCAGUCCAUGACGGGCUUGGCCUGGAUCCUCAGCAGCGUAUUAGCAGGACCACAGUUAUACAUCUUUAAGAUGAUCUACCUCGCGGAUGGCUCUGGGCAUACGGGGGUUUUCUCUCAGUGUGCCACACACUGCAGCUUUCCGCGGUGGUGGCAUCAAGCCUUCUACAACCUGUUCACCUUCAGCUGCCUCUUCGUCGUACCACUUCUCAUCAUGCUGCUCUGCAAUGCCAGAAUCAUCCUCACCCUGACCCGGGUCCUGCGUCGCGACCCCCACAAACUACAACUGAAUCAGUCCAAAAACAAUAUACCAAGGGCACGGCUGAGGACCCUAAAGAUGACAGUUGCAUUUGCCACUUCAUUUAUCAUCUGCUGGACUCCCUACUAUGUCCUGGGGAUUUGGUACUGGUUUGAUCCCGAGAUGCUAAACAAAGUGUCUGACCCAGUCAAUCACUUCUUCUUUCUCUUUGCUUUUUUAAACCCCUGCUUUGAUCCACUUAUAUAUGGGUAUUUCUCUCUGUAA